GUUAUUGACGGAUGCGCCUUCAUGUUCAAUAGGCAAGAAGAGGAAUCACCUUCUGCAACAAGGAGAUUCUGGUUUAAUAUUAUGCCUUUUAACUAUAUCAAUUGGUUGUGUGCUGAGAAGGUAAAAAAGGUUCAGUUUGAGAGUGAGAUUGCUGAAAAUGAGAUUAUUUUGAAGAAGCUGGAGGGCACUAGUCAGUAUGAUCAGAAGUUGAAGGAAUGGGAAGAAAACAAGAAAAAGCUUAUUACAAAAGAUGAUGAUUUAUUCAACAAGAAAUGUAAGGAAGCUAUUUCUUCAUGGGUGAAAUCAUUUCCAGGGAAUGAUAUUCGAGAAGCUGAACUGAUUUUUGUUCCUGUUCACAAGGAUGAUCAUUAUACUGUCUUGGUGCUGAACAAGAAAGCAAAAAGGAUUGAAAUAUUGACAAUCGUACAGACAUGAAGGACAUUGAUAGAUAUAAGCAUGAGGAAUUUAACGGUCUUACAUACUUUGUACGUACCUUUUUAUGAGCAUUUGUAUUUUUUUUUUUGUUCCAUUUUAUUACUUGUUUUUUAAUUGUUGUUUACUUUUUGAUCUUCAAAUGCAGUGUCGUGCUUUUGAUUCUUUUAUGCAAGAGACUAUGAGAUGUCGUGAUUUUGAUCGUCUCCACCAUUGGCAAACAUCAACUCUUUACUUCCCUUGGAGAAGCAAGGACAACAAUUUUGAUUGUGGUGUCUAUGCAAUCAAAACCAUGGAGCUGUAUGACGGUCAAAAUACUAACCAUGUUGCACUUGUUGACCUGAAAAGGGUAUGAUUACUUUAUUGUUUUUAGGGAGUAUUUUGCUUGUUACAUUUCUGUUUUUGAAAGUUUUUUAAUAGAAAAAGGUAUGAUAGCCAGUUAGUGAAGGACUUGAAAGACUAGCUGAAAAACAAAGAUGUCUAACUGAAGCACUAUAAAGACUAGCUGAGAAAUAAUGAAGUCUAACUGAAGCACUGUAAAGACUAGCUUAGAAAUAAACAAGUCUAA